GGAGCGGGCCGGGCGGGCCAGUGGGCCAGGGGAUGGCGCUGCUGGCCCUGGCCCUGGAGGGAAUGGCCGUGUUCGGGUUCGCCCUCUUCUUGGUGCUGUGGUUGAUGCAUUUCAUGGCCAUCAUCUACACCUGAUUACACCUCAACAAGAAGGCAACCGACAAACAGCCAUAUAGCAAGCUCCCAGGUGUGUCUCUUCUGAAACCGCUGAAAGGGGUAGAUCCUAAUUUAAUUAACAACUUGGAAACCUUCUUUGAAUUGGAUUAUCCCAAAUACGAGGUACUCCUUUGUGUACAAGAUCAUGAUGAUCCAGCCAUCGAUGUAUGUAAGAAGCUUCUUGGAAAAUAUCCAAAUGUCGAUGCCAGACUGUUUAUAGGUGGCAAAAAGGUUGGCAUUAAUCCUAAAAUUAAUAAUUUAAUGCCAGGAUAUGAAGUUGCAAAGUACGAUCUUAUAUGGAUUUGUGAUAGUGGAAUAAAAGUAAUUCCAGACACACUUACUGACAUGGUUAAUCAAAUGACAGAAAAAGUAGGCUUGGUUCAUGGGCUGCCUUACGUAGCAGACAGACAGGGCUUUGCUGCCACAUUAGAACAGAUAUAUUUUGGAACUUCACACCCAAGGUACUAUAUCUCUGCCAACGUAACUGUUUUCAAAGGUGUAACAGGAAUGUCUUGUUUAAUGAGAAAGGAUGUGUUAGAUCAAGCAGGAGGACUCAUAGAUUUUGCGCAAUAUAUUGCUGAAGAUUACUUUAUGGCCAAAGCUAUAGCUGACCGAGGUUGGAGGUUUGCAAUGUCCACCCAAGUUGCAAUGCAAAACUCUGGCUCCUAUUCAAUAUUUCAGUUUCAAUCCCGAAUGAUCAGGUGGACCAAACUGAGAAUUAACAUGCUUCCUCUUACGAUAAUUUGUGAGCCAAUUUCAGAGUGCUUUGUUGCCAGUUUAAUUAUUGGAUGGACAGCGCACCACGUGUUCAGAUGGGAUAUUAUGGUAUUUUUCAUGUGUCAUUGCCUGGCGUGGUUUAUAUUUGACUACAUUCAACUCAGAGGUGUCCAGGGUGGCACACUGUGUUUUUCAAAACUUGAUUAUGCUGUCGCUUGGUUCAUCCGAGAAUCCAUGACAAUAUACAUUUUUUUGUCGGCAUUAUGGGACCCUACGAUAAGCUGGAGAACUGGUUGCUACAGAUUGCGCUGUGGGGGUACAGCAGAGGAAAUUCUAGAUGUAUAACUACAGCUUUGUGACUGUAUAUAAAGGAAGAAAGAGAAGUAUUAUAAAUUAUGUUUAUAUAAAUGCUUUUAAAGAUCUACCUUCAUUAGUUUUAUCACAUGUAUGUUUUGGUAUCUGUUCUUUAAUUUAUUUUUGCAUGGCACUUGCAUCUGUGGAAAAAAAAAAAAACACAUCUGUAGUCUUGGCCAAAUGAUACACUUUAUUUUGUGGAAAUAGAAAAAAAUCAAAAGAACUGGUUCCAGGAACCUGGGUUUGUUUUAUGUUGCUGUUUAUUUUUUUAAAAUAGAUAAAUAAAUGCAUAUAUAUAUGAACACUCUGCAACAAACACUAUGACAGUAUCUUUCAGUAGAGAAAGUUUCUUAUUUGUGAGUACACUCUUUGAGGAUGUUUGUGGGUGGGAUGGCAGCAGCUUUGGGGAUUUAGAAAAGACUGGAAGGUAAUGACUAUUCAUGUCCAGUGUGAAUGGUAUUUAUUAUGCAGUUGAACAACCCACAGCAAGGUACUAAGAAACUUUUUCAUGUUUAUGCCUACCUCUUAUAGUUGUUGCAGAGCAAAUAUAAAUUGUGAUAAGGUAGCUAGGCCUUGCAGAAACAAACGGGAAAAAACUU